CCAGCGCCACCUGAGGAUUUCCUGAAGCCGCCCCACCCACCCACCCACCCCCGCGAUGGAAGACGAUCAGGAGCUGGAGAGAAAAAUAUCAGGAUUGAAGACCUCAAUGGCUGAAGGCGAGAGGAAGACAGCCCUGGAAAUGGUCCAGGCGGCUGGAACAGAUAGACAGUGUGUGACAUUUGUACUGCACGAGGAGGACCAUACCCUAGGGAACUGUCUGCGGUACAUAAUCAUGAAGAACCCGGAAGUGGAAUUUUGUGGUUACACUACGACCCAUCCUUCAGAGAGCAAAAUUAAUUUGCGAAUUCAGACACGGGGUGCACUUCCAGCUGUUGAGCCGUUUCAGAAAGGCCUGACAGAGCUCAUGAAUGCCUGCCAGUGUGUGCUUGUCAAGUUUGAGGCCAGCAUAAAGGACUAUAAAAAUAAAAAGGCAAGCAGAAGCGAACCCACGUUCUAGUCCCUCAUGCAGGGUACAAGCAGGACCACCCUCGGGAUGGUACAGAACCCAGGAUUUGUGAUUGCAGCGUGUCCUGUCCUGUAGGAAAAUGUGGCUCUAGCUGUUGAAUCAUUAUGGCUGUUGGAAUCUCUGCAAGCAUAUUUGCCUAAUAAAUUCUCUCUCUUGUUUAAACUA